AUGAUAAUCAUUCAUCAACCUGUUUUAUUCGUUGGUCAUACUGGAUCAAGUAAAACAGCAACUAUUCUAUCUUAUAUACGUAAUUUUGAUUCACAAUAUACAAAUUUAAUUUUAAAUUUUUCUUUUCGUACAAAAUCAAUGGAUAAUGUUAUUGUUCUUAGAAGUCAAGUGAAUAUUAUUGUACAAUUAACAAAAUUGCUUGAUUCAUUAUUUUUACCAUUAAUUAAUCAUGAAAAAAAAGAUCAAUUAGAAUUAAAUUCUGAUAAAAUUCAUGCUAUAUUUCUUCAAGCAUUUAUGUGGUCAUUUGGUGCUUGUCUUAAACAAGAAGAUCGUAUCAUAUUAGAUACAUUUAUUAAAUAUUUAUCAGGUCUUUCAACUGUAUCAAUAGAUUCAAAAGCUAAAUCAGGACAAUUACCUAAUGAAAAAUUUCUAUUAUUUGAUUAUAUAUUUCAACCAGAAUUAGAUCAAUGGAUUAAAUGGAAUGAUCUUAUUCCAAAAUAUGAACAUGAUCGAUCAAAACGAUUUACUGAAUUACUUGUUCCAACUAUUGAUACAAUUCGUUUAGGUAUGAUAAAAACAAAAAACAUAUCUGUUCAUUUAAAAUAUACGAUCAGUAUCUCUCCUCUUCUCGAAAAUGAUAAUAUUGAUUUAGAAUGGUUAAUUAAAUCUAUGAUAACCAUUCAUCAACCUGUCUUAUUCGUUGGUGAUACUGGAUCGAGUAAAACAGCAACUAUUCUAUCUUAUAUACGUAAUUUUGAUUCACAAUAUACAAAUUUAAUUUUAAAUUUUUCUUCUCGUACAAAAUCAAUUGAUGUACAACGUUCAAUUGAAUCUCAAUUAGAAAAACGUUCAAAAGAUACUUAUGGACCAACAGCUGGUACUAAAUUAAUCAUAUUUCUCGAUGAUAUUUCUAUGCCAAAAAUUGAUCAAUAUGGAACACAACAAUCAAUUGCUUUACUUAAAUUGCUUAUUGAAAAACAUGGAAUGUAUGAACGAACUGGAGAACUUAAUUGGAAAUUUAUUACAGAUAUUGAUUGGAUUGCUGCCAUGAGCACUCCUGGUAACGAAUUACUAUGA